AUGACCGAUAUGCGAACGUGCCGCGUUACUCAGAAUCCUUCCCAUUCUUUCUCACCCCCGAAUAAAAUCGAAGAGCAGAUUCCCGAGAUGACAUCCGAGGAAUUGACGAGCGGACAGACUGUAAAAUUGCGCGAUCGCGAUUCUGCAAUGGGUCGAUUCAAGACGGAUUUCGUCGUUAUAAAAGAGAUCGGACACGGCGGAUUCGGUCGAAUUACGCUGUGCACACACCUACUGGAUGGAAUGGAAUACGCCAUUAAGGAGAUCAAUCUGGAAGACAACAGGCAGGAGUAUCAGAAAAUCUUGCGCGAAGUGAAGCUGCUGGCGCUGCUGAAGACGAACUACACGGUUCGUUAUUACAGCUGCUGGACCGAGCGGAAUGAAUGCGUGGAAGCGGAGAAUCUGGGUCAUACCGACCCGAAUGAACUGGAAGAGGAGGAAGAAGAAGAAGAUCUGAUCGAUGAAACGACGAUGACUUGGGGAAAGGAAUCGUUUCGGUUGAGUAAAAUGCGGAACAAGGGGGUGAAGGAGUACAAUGAGCUGCAUCCGCUGGUUUUUGAUUCUGUGAGAAAGGAGGGAGCGAUUGAGGAAUAG